GUAAGAACUUGAAACAACUGGAAGAGAGAGAGACGCAUCUCACAAAGUUCCAAAGACCAUCCUAGGAAUAUAUCAGUUACGCACGCCACAGAUUCUUCUCGACACUUUUGGAAAUGAGGCUCAAUUUUCUCGUCACCACCAUGGCUCUGCUCGUUGCCUUUCCACCACCUUAUGAAUGUAGAGCCAUUGACAGCAGCUCCAACCAGCCAGUCACGGACCCCGAUGAAGAGCGACAGUCACCAGCCGUUCUGGCGCGCAUGGGAGAGGAGUACUUCAUCCGGCUCGGUAACAGAAAUAAGAAUUCUCCCCGGUCUCCACCUGACACCUACCCCGAGGCAUCCCAGUAUUCCAAAAGAGCACUGCAGCUCCAGUUAACGCAGCGUCUGUUGGAGGGCAAAGUUGGGAACGUCGGCCGCUGGGAUGGCAAUUACGCGCUCCGGGCGCUCGACUCCGAGGAGAGAGAGCGCAGGUCGGAGGAGCCGCCGAUUUCCCUAGAUCUGACCUUUCAUCUGUUACGAGAAGUACUAGAGAUGGCCAGAGCCGAACAAUUGGUCCAGCAAGCUCACAGCAACCGCAAAAUGAUGGAAAUAUUCGGGAAGUAACCGCGACCAAACCCAUCUGCCAAAGAUAUUUUUUACAUUUAGCACAAACAUAAAUAUUCUGUACCAUAGUGCUGCUUUUCCAUCACGAUCUAUUUAUACCAGUGACUUGUUUAUUUGUAGAUAUUUCAAUGAAGGCGAAUAGAGUUGAAGGUUAUAUGACCACGACUGGUAAUUUGUUUAGAUUGUCAUCAAAACUGUCGCAAAACUGUCAUCACUGUCAUUCAGUGUUAUUGUAUAAGUGAUCAUUCAGAGUUGUAGAUUAUUCAAAACUGAUUUCUUUAAUAAAAAAAGAAGACUUUAAUAUUUCCAAGUACUGCAUUAUUUUAUGACAGACUUGAGUUUCAUUGUAACAUACAGUAAGUACAUUGUUGAAGUUUGUUAAUAAACUAAUGAGCAACCAUUGAUUUUUGUUGUGCAAGAGAAUGUCUUAUAUUUAUAUUUUUCAAUAAAACUUUG